GACACUACCGACUGGGCAGCGUGUGUGUACCAUGCCCUGUUGCACCAUGGGGAGCAGUCUUCCUGGGCGGAGUCCUUCUUACUGUAGUCAUGGCAACCGUCAUCCACGGAUUUACUGUCUCCUUAGCAACAAAGGUGAAACAGCUGGGGAAUUUCCUCCAGUUCCUGCUGCUGUCUCUCAAGAUCCGUUCUGAUUGGCCGAGCCUGAUUGUCCAAUCACUCGUCUUUCUCCCAAGUGUGGACUUCAACUCCCACACUUUCGUCCCAGAGUGCUUCUUUGAGUUACCCAUAAGGCCGUUCUACCUCCACUGGACAACAGCUGUGGUGCCGGUCCUCCUGGUGGUUUUCUUGGCUCACAUCUUGGACAAGUUGAUGAGGGGAAAGAUUGGUCGAGCACGGAAUGAAGAAGAGAGAAAGCUGCGCUGGUGUCGUCAGGGCCAGGUCCGGCGCUGUACCAUGACAGCGUUCGUUCUGAUGUUCUGUCCUGCAGCGACCAUGGUCAUCCGAGCGUUCGCCUGCCAGAACACCCUGUCUACAGAUGUUGUAUUGGACCAUACUGACAAUGUCUUCCUGUAUGACCAACAAUACACCUGUUCUGAGAUGCCUUUCCAGAUUAUCCAGACUUUGUCCCUGCUGUACCUGUUACUGGUGGUGAUACUGCUGCCGUUAGGUCUCCUCUUCUGGAUUCUCCGUCUCAGGAAGUUCAACUUACUGAAGCAAAACCUAGUAACACAAGGGUGGAUGUACGAGUCCUAUCGCCGGCGGUUCUGUAUCCUGGAGCCAGUGAUGAUGAUGAGGAGGGUCCUGAGCAUCCUACUGACGGACCUGUACCCACUCCACCCUCUCGCCCAGUCUGGUGUGAACCUGACCAUCAGUGGAGUGUACCUGUUUGUAGUGGUGUUGGGGAGACCUUACAGGCCAGCCAAGUGGAGAGUUUGUGGGAAGGUUUUACCACUGGACAUGCAUAACAUAUUUGAGGCACUUGCCACUCUCUGUGUGUGCUACCUGCAAGCUGUACCCAUAAUAAAGGAAACAGCGCUGUACCAUGACUACAUGGGGAUCCCACUGGUUGUGCUGGUCAGCUGUACUCUGCUCCUGUGGGUUGUCAUGUUGGUAGGAAUGUCCAAGGAGGAACAAGUCGAAGAGGAGCUGGAGUACACAGAGCCAGCAGUCGCCAAAACGGAAAAGAAAAAGCGAGAAAAGUUUGUGUUCUGGCACAGGAACAAGGUCGGGGAAGGCAUCACAGCAGUGGAACUCACCGCCAGAGAAAAGGCACUGACCACCUUCUGAUGACGGACAUCAUGGACAAGUUCAGUGUCAGUCUGUCCCAGGGUUGUAGCCAGCACCUGUCCUUCAGUCCUUUGAAGGAAUUUUGCAGCUGGGGACUGAAAAAAGUUUUCCCCAUUCCGUCCCCUGGGAGCUGGGACAGACAAAAAUUGAUAUGUA